CAUCGAGCUCUGAUUUUGAUGACGCCUGUUUCCGUAUCUGCCGGAUGCUGGGUGCCGUCAAUGGAAGGGAAAACUUUGACAAGAUUCAUCCGAUUGUUGUGGACGAGUCUCGGCUUGUUUGCACCUUUCCCGCGUCCAGGAGCCUAUCCGUCGCGAAAGACUUUCCUUUUGGCAGCAUCGUCAUGGAUCACAUGCCAACUGCAGAACAAAGGCACGAAGAAAAGCUUGAUCGGAUUGGCCUCGAGAAGCUGGCCCCAGAGGAAGCCAAGGACCUUCUGGCUGCUCUGUUGCAGCGCGAAGACCGUUUGCGUCUUCAUCCUCGUAUACAGGCUGUAUUUGGAUCUAUUGGUGAAAGCGAGCAGGAAAUGAGUCGCUUCACCACGGCACUUCAGGCACAUGUUGCUUCCGAGUUCAAUGUUGAUGAAGUUGUUGGAGUCGAGCUGAUUCGAUCUGCCACAACCCUAUUUCCCGACACCGCAAAGCUGGCACACUAUGUGCGUCAUAACCGUUGCUUUCAAGGCGAUCUGAGGGUCGGCGACCGCGCCCCAGAUGUGGAGCUCUUGACGUUGGCUGCCGAACGAAGCACACUCUGGACAGAAAUUGACAAACGUCGCGCUGGGGUCGGUCACCAGCUGAAAGCCUGUGUGGUGCUUGGUGCUAGUUUCACCUGACCCCCUUUCCGCGCAAACGCAAAACUACUCUCGACGUUGGCUCGAGAGUUUGGACACCUGGUUGCGUUUGCGUUUGUGUACAUCAGCGAGGCACACGCCGCUGACGAGUGGCCUGUUGGGCGCAACGUUCCCAUCAACCAGCCAAAGUCAGCGCUGAACGCCUCGAGACUGCACAACGGCAGCUGGAGGCGCUCGGAGUGGGCGAUGAGUUUGUUUGUCUUGUUGAUCUUGCCGAGGAGAAGCAUUUUCACAAGGCGUUUGCCGUUUGGCGUUUUCGUUGGUUCACCGUUGGUUCUGUUGGUCGUCGGUUGACGUCGAUUGCUCAGCCUCGUAGCUCCCGCUAUGAUGUUCGUGAGUUGGUUAAAAGUGGGUUGUGGAUCAUGUUACGCAGUAGUAAUAAGCGCUUGGUGGCUUGCCGCCUGGAAUGACGACACCCAGAUGCUUGUGGUGUUUGACGAUGCAGGGCCGGCAAAAGACACAGGCGGAAUCCAGCCACCCUCCAGCAUCGCCCGAAUGACAGUGCCGCUCUUGAUUCUGUCAAGAGCAACAUUUGAAAUGGGAAGACGCUGGGGUGCGGUGUGGUUUCGAUGAUGAUCACCAAUCAGAAUUCGCUUCGGUUCGUAGUCAGUCUACCCGGCUGUGGUCAGGAUCAUAAUUUCUCUGCAGUGACUAUGGAUCGAAGACUUGCCGUAUCGGUAGGCAGGGGAGUACAUGCAGCCAGUUGGUUGUGAUGUGACAAUUUAGAGAAAGAGCUGUAAUAGG